UGGUCAUUACAAUCAUCUCGGUAAUUGGUGUGAGAGAGUCAGAGAAAAUGGCAAUGGCGACGAUCCGAUCCAAUCUUCUUCGCGCCGCCUUACGCGGUGCCUCACGAAACUCCGCUCAGCCUAAACGCGGCUUCGCUUCCUCUGCUCACGACGAUGCUCGUGAAACGGCAAAGUGGGAGAAGAUUACUUAUGCAGGCAUUGUAUCCUGCUCUAUCUUAGCAUUCUAUAAUCUAUCAAAGGGCCACCCCCACUAUGAAGAGCCCCCUGCAUAUCCAUAUUUGCACAUUCGCAAUAAAGAGUUCCCAUGGGGUCCCGAUGGUCUCUUUGAAGUGAAGCAUCACUAAGGACUUGGUUUGGUUCGAGGGGACAUCGAGCAUAGGAAUUCUACUUCACUUUGUUCCAUAUCAGAAAGACUUCAUCGACUGGUUCGGUUGAAAUUUUCUUUACAAAGGAUGCAUGGUCAUUUUUCAUUUGUUAAAUGCUAUCAGGGUCUGAUAUCUUUUUUGUGUUGUCAAAACUAUCCUUCCUGAUUAAUAAAAUUAACUUUCCAUCAUUCUAAA